AUGGCGGAGGCGGCGAAAGAUGUUGCCGCUCAAGUCGAGGAGGCUGUCCCAAAAGUGCAGGGCGCCGCCGGGGAGGGUUGUGAGUCUGCGAAGGCCCAGGUGGAGGCCCCGGCGGGGGAGGUUGCUGAUGCUGUGAAGGCGGAGGCGACGGAGGUGGCGGCUGUCGCCAAAGGCGCCGCCGCAGAGGCGGCCGCUGGCGCAACAGAGGCGGCGAAGGCCGUUGUUGAAGAAGUCAAGGCGCCGAGCAAGGAUGGCCCAAAAAAACGACUCCUUGGCUUCUGGAACAAGGUCACCAAGAAGAAGGGUAAGAAAACUUCCCCUGUGACGGACCAGCCAGAGCCACCGGCUGAAGAGGCAAAGGAGGAAACUAAGGAGGAAGAAAAGGCUUGUGAAAAGCCUGAAGAGACGCCAAAGGAGGCUGCCAGGGAAGAACAUACAAAAAUUGAAGCUGAGGAAGAGGACACCGGCGAUCCCCCUGAGGAAGAGUGCAAAGAUGCCACAGCGGAGCCCCCAAAGGAUGAGGAACCUCCCAACGUGGAAACCAAAAAGGAGGGCUUCUGGACUAGGACGAAAAAAAGCUUCACUGGGCACUUGAGGAGAAAAUCGGAAGCGAUGGUCUGCGAACCAGAGCCUGAGACGUCAGACGGUAUGGUGAAGCCCAUCAAGGAGGCUGUGGCAGAGGUCGCCACAACUGUCGAGGGUGCCUGCGAGGCCCCAAAGGCUGCAACUGAGGAUGCUGCCAAGGAGGCAGUGGAAGAGGUGAAGGAUACUGCCGAGGAGGCAUCAAAGGCAGCCGCAGCUGUUUUAGAAACUCCCAGGACAGCAGUGAAGAAAGAGGGCUUUUGGAAAAGGACUCGUCGAAGCCUGUCAGUGCACUUCACUGGCAAGUCAGAUAUGCCAAACUUGGAGGCACCCACUACCUCAGAGGCUGCUGUGGAGGAGCCAAAGGAGGAAACAAGGGAUGAGAAGUGCACUACUGAUACACCUGCAGCUGAGGCAGAGGAGGAGACAACGGAAGCCAAGAAAGAGGCUACGGAAGAAGAGGCAGCCACUGUUGAAGCGACCACUGCUGAGGCGGCCACUGGAGAGCCCAAGCAGGGCCCACCAAAGGCCGAGGUUGUGCAGCCGCCCACCAAAGCCAAAGAGGGCUUCUGGAGCAGAACAAAGAGGAGCUUUUCCUUGAGGAAGAAGGCUGUGGAAGAGAAACUUGCAGAGACAAAGGAAGAGGCAGAGGACGCAGCGGCAAGUGCAGUGAAGGAGGAAGAGAGAGUGAUGGCCGGUGCUUCGGAAAAGGUGACAGAUAAAGCUCAGAAGCUGUCUGAGCAGGGGAAGUUGGCAGCUGAGGGCACGGGGAAAAAAGUUUCUGAGGCUGUUGGUGGUGCGGUUGUGGGCGCCAAAUCUGCUGUCACGGAGGCCACCACAGCAGCUGAGACUGAGGCACAGAAGGUGGCUUCUGAGACUGCAAAGACUGUGGCUGAGAAGGCGGAAGAAGCAGGAGAGGCGAUUAAAGAGGCGGCUGUUGACGCAGGUGCAUCGGUUGCUGCAGCCGUCAGCAAUGCUGCUAAGUGA